AAAAAAGUUUUGAAAAUAAAAUGCUAAAAGGUAAAUUUAAUGUGACUAGUAACAAUAAAUUAACUAAUUAAAAGUGGGGUUUAGAAUUGGAAGUAAGGAUCUUGAGUGUCUUUGAUUAUAAAUAAAUUUGGGUAUUUUCUCCAAUCUAAGAAUAGUAACAUUAAUUCUCAUAGACAAGAAUUUAAUUUUAAUUCCCUAACAUGUCCUAUUUCUAGGCUUAGUUUAGGAUGUGUGAGAUGUGAACUAAAUUAAUUCUACACUCAUAGACAAGCAAGAAUUAAUUUUCCAAACAUUCACAAGUGAAGUGAUCAAUUUCACAAAUUACUCAUUCAAAUUUAUCUCAAACAACUAGUCCUAAAAAUUAGAGAAUUUCCCAAACUCAAUUCAAUAUUCAAGAAUACCCAUUAACCUUAACUUUAUCCAAAUCCAAACCCCAAGGGAAUUUUAGCCUAACAUAAUUAUUAUUAUUAAGAAACUAAAACAAUUUAUAAAAGGGCUAGAGCAACAUGCAGAUAUUACUAAACAGUACUUAAACGUCAUUAACAACACAAGUAUCCAAUAAUAAUCCCAAGUAAAUAGCAAUUCCAAAUAUGAAAUAAUACGGAAAUUAAAACUGAAAGCUUAUUGAAGUUUGAAUCUAAGCAUGAAAUUAGGAUUGAAAUUGAAAGAUAACAAAAGAUUAACCAGAACUGUUGGUGCUGCUAUGUGCUUCGUUUCCCAUUUUCUUCUGAGUGUUUUGAGCUCUAUUCUUCUCCCUAACAGCUUGAAUUUUUCUGCCGGAGCUACUUGCGGCUGAGUUUUUCAGGUGUAUAUUUUCAGCUCAAUCCUUUGCCUCCUUCGAAUUGGAGCUGGGUGUGUAUAUGUUUCUGCAGCUGAAUGUUACUUCCCUUGCGGCCAAGAGCUCUUUUAUUGCAACUAGAAAUGCACUCCUUAUUUUCUUGGUUGGCUGAUGGAUCGAGCUGUCCCUUCCUGUUUUACCGCCCAUGUGCAGGAGCUUCUUGCUAACUUUCCUCCUCUUGUUUUUGUUGGCCGACUACUCCCAUCUUAUCUCCUUUGUUUAUUUUUUUUAUUCUUUUGUUUAUUUUGUUUUGUUUUCUUUGUUACGCAGCUUGGCUGCUUUUGUGAUUUUUUUCUUUCUUUUUGUUUAUUCUGAUUUUGAAAUGCAGCUACGCUGCUUGUUUUUUUUUUAUUUCCUUUUCAUGAUUUUUUUUGCUUUAUUUGAUUAUUGUAUUAAAAUAACAUUGAAAUAUAAUAUAAUACUAAAAUUUGACAAAUCACAAAAUACAGAUAACACAAAUAAGAACAAAAAAAACAAAAACACAAUCCAAACACUUGAAUUAAACACAAAUCACGCAAAAAACGUAAAUUUCGACACUAAUUUUAAACAUGAACAAAAAUGCAACAAAAACACAGAAAAGUAUAUCAAUUUGCCUUGAGUUUAACAAGAAACACUAUAAAAAGUGAGUAAAAAUAUAUGAACAAAUCAGACUUAUCAAUCUCCUCAUACUUAAGCGUUGCUUGCCCUCAAGCAACAAAACUACUCUCAAGCACAUUUUCAAGGCAAACUGUUUAUAGUGCACAACUCAAGGACUCAAGAUCACUUAGAUUCAACCAUUAAUAGACUAAGAUCCCAAUCUAUCUAACUAUAUUUCCAUGAAAGUACAUUAAUAACUAAACUUUUAUGACACAACAUACUAAUAAAAAAAUCCUUUAAUGCUAGCAUAUAUGCAAAAACUGCUACUAAUUAGUUAUGAGCACAAGUCAACAUUCACAUUCAAAACCCCUCGGUCAUCCUUAACUAGUCAUGAAAUACACACAAGCUCGAGUUCUAAAAACAGUUUUAGCUCCCUUAGCGUUUUUUUUUUGUUCUGUUUUUUUUUUUUUUUGAAUGAACUUGGGGGAGCUAUAAACCAAGCCAAGUUGGUAAGAAUUUUAUGGUUAAACUAAAUCAUUGAUUUGUGGGGCUAUCUCAUAAAAUAUAUAAAAUAUACUCAACUCUCGCAGAAUACGAUAAUGAGAAGAGCAGCGCCCCUUCUCGGAGAUGAGACUCCCAACGAAGACACUUUUCAAAUCAAUAAUCAAGUACAACCAGAAUAGCGAGAGAUAUUCUACCAAAUGCUAAAAGCAGAGCCUCAUUCGAGGAUAGAAUUCUCCCUAAUCCAAAGAAUUUAAAUUUUAAGCUAACCAACGAGCAUUGUAUAUAUCCAUGAAAAGAAAGUAAGACCGAACAAUCAUUCAAAUCAAAACCCCAAACUUGUGCACAUAACUUUUAAGUAGAAAUCAAGCAUAUCUCCUAAUAAUUAAAGAUUUUUUUAAAAGUAUGAUGCGAAUAAAAAUAUUAGUUAUAACAAAACUUUCAAAAAAAAUAGAUAAAGUAGAUUACACCUUAGCUUGUUAAUGAUCUUAACUUAGUUCACCUGAGCCUCUUGUCAUGCACACUAGAUCAGUCCAUUGCCCUGUUUCAAACCCUCCUCACACUUGAGAAUAGACAUCGUCCUCGAGGUCUCAAAAUAAAAUCAAAAUAAAACAGGGCAAAUAUGAAUUUUUCAAAAGUACCCUCCUCACACUUAAGAUGAAUCACAAAUAAAUAAACAGGGAGGGAAAUAAUUAACAGAGAAAAGAAGUACUCCCUUGUGCUCAAUAUUGAAGAAGAUGAAAGAGCAAGCACAAAUCAAAUUUUAAUCCAAUCGGGGAACUCCUGUAAUUAACCUGAAAAAGCUAAAGAAAAUAAAUAUGAAUCAAAACUAACACACAAACAAGGGGAAAAAAGGAAAUAAUUUUUUUUUGUUUUUUUUUUUGCAUCUUUUUUUUGAAUUUUUUUUUUCUUUUUAACAAUUGGGUUGCCUCCCAAAAGCGCUUCUUUAACGUCACUAGCUUGACGUUUUUUUUCACUUUUUCCUUGACUUUCCAACUCUCGGAUCAUACAGCUUGACCCUCGGGACUCUUCUUGUGUACCACCUCUGUUUCAUAAAAAACUCACAAGCAAGAGCAAAGGCCUGUGCAUCUUUCUCAUUUUCAGGUGGUAAAAUAAAAUAAGGAAAGUCAUCCUCAUUCUCCAGAUCCCCUUCAAUCUGGACUAUUUUGAGCAUUGUACUAGUAUCAAGUACAUCAAGGAGCAAGUCAAGGACCUCCUCCACACUUUCUUCUUCCACAUUUUGUGCAAAAUUUUCUUGGUCAACUUGCACAUCCAAAGUCUCCAAAAGUAGAUCCAGAAGCUCCUCAAUUUCAUUGCUCUUCUCAGGGGUUUUCUCCUUAAAAUUUUUGCAUGGUGAACCCACAAAUAUUUCAAAUUCCCCCUCUCGGUGAGAUGCCUUAUCAAACUCACUUUCAUACAAAAUGCCUCCCACGUCAACUUUUUCUGAAAUUGGCUCAAAGAAUUCUUCACUCUCACUUUCAUCAUCUUCAUCAAAUCCCUCAUUUUGAAGCCCCACUAAGUUUUGCUUUUCAGUGGACGUCCAUCUCUCGUCUAUGGAUUCUUCAUCAAUUUUGGGUGCUUCAGUACUAGCAUCCACCAAACCUUCCUGAACUUCCAUGAAAUGACUCAGCUUAUUUACCUGGCUCGAUUGUGAUUUGAGAUUCUUCACUUGAGUUGCCAGGUUGUCAAUUAUUGUUGUGAGGGCUGAGAUUUGAUCGGUGCUUUGAAGUGUAGUCUCGAAAGAAGAUUCUGUCUCAUAGUACCAGUUCUUAGCAUUUGAGACCACAUUCUCCAUGAGUGUUUCACUCUCUUUCAGUGUCAUGUCGAGAAAAGAACCCAUCUUUGAAUAAUGGUCCAACUCUCUUUUACUUACAACUUGAAGUCCAUAGUAGAAAUAGAACAUCAAGUCAUAAGCAUCCAUCAAUUGUUUAGGACACUUUCUCUGUAGGCCUUUGUAUCGAUCCCAAGCCUCACUUAUUGUUUCCAUUGGAGCUUGUCUGAAAUUUUGAAUCAAGGUUCUGAUGUGUGCAACUGCCGAUGGAGAAAAAUACUCGUGCAUGAACGCCAGAUGAAGAGCAUUCCGGGUGGUGAAGUGACCGGGUGGAAAAGAAUUUAACCACCGAACAGCCUUAUCCCGAAGAGAGAAUGGGAAUAAGAUAAGUUUCACGAUGUCAAUUGACACUUCAUUGAUCCGGAAUGUGUUACAGACUCUGUUAAACCACAACAUAUGCAAUAUCGGAUCUUCAUGUUUCAAACCGCCAAAUUGAUUAAUUGAUAUCACUUGAAUGAUAUCAGGAUUAAUCUCAAAAUCAGUGGCAUCGAUUGGCGGAAUAAUGAUGUUAUCAUCCUCAGAAAAGUCCAAGGUUAAAGCAUCAAGCACUAUUUGCCUCUCCCUCAUCCUGGUGAAUUUUUUUUUUAUCAAACCCUCUCAAUAAUGUUCUUUGAGGCAGAGAGCAAAUGAUAGCAACUUGCCAUGUUUGAAAGAGAGAGAUUUUACAAAUUGAUCCUGCAAACUUGAGAAAACAACACAAAAAAAAACAGAAAAUAAAGGAGAAAGUCUCACUAACUCGGGUUCGCCUAUGUCAAUAAUAAAAACCAACUUACAACUGUGCCACUCCCCGGCAACGGCGCCAUUUGAUAACCGCUUUCGCGGCGUUGUAGUAAAACGGAGUUUAACCUUUCCGGAUGGAAAAAUUUAUCCCCGAGUAUCGUGUCUCUGAGGAGUGGCGGAGGGAAGUGUUGGUUUCAAUAUCGGUCACCGGUUAGUACGAGUCGUUGCAAGCUUUCUCAAUCGAUUAAUUAUGAUAAUGGUUAAGUAAAUAAAAUUAAACAACAAAAGUAGUAGUGGGGAAUUUAAUUAAAUGACAUUAAUGAGUAAACUAAAACUAGUGAACAUGCAAAAUAAAUUGAGAGAGAAAUUAAAAUACUAAUUUAAACUAGCGAACAUGUGGAUGAAAAAAAGUUUUGAAAAUAAAAUGCUAAAAGGUAAAUUUAAUGUGACUAGUAACAAUAAAUUAACUAAUUAAAAGUGGGGUUUAGAAUUGGAAGUAAGGAUCUUGAGUGUCUUUGAUUAUAAAUAAAUUUGGGUAUUUUCUCCAAUCUAAGAAUAGUAACAUUAAUUCUCAUAGACAAGAAUUUAAUUUUAAUUCCCUAACAUGUCCUAUUUCUAGGCUUAGUUUAGGAUGUGUGAGAUGUGAACUAAAUUAAUUCUACACUCAUAGACAAGCAAGAAUUAAUUUUCCAAACAUUCACAAGUGAAGUGAUCAAUUUCACAAAUUACUCAUUCAAAUUUAUCUCAAACAACUAGUCCUAAAAAUUAGAGAAUUUCCCAAACUCAAUUCAAUAUUCAAGAAUACCCAUUAACCUUAACUUUAUCCAAAUCCAAACCCCAAGGGAAUUUUAGCCUAACAUAAUUAUUAUUAUUAAGAAACUAAAACAAUUUAUAAAAGGGCUAGAGCAACAUGCAGAUAUUACUAAACAGUACUUAAACGUCAUUAACAACACAAGUAUCCAAUAAUAAUCCCAAGUAAAUAGCAAUUCCAAAUAUGAAAUAAUACGGAAAUUAAAACUGAAAGCUUAUUGAAGUUUGAAUCUAAGCAUGAAAUUAGGAUUGAAAUUGAAAGAUAACAAAAGAUUAACCAGAACUGUUGGUGCUGCUAUGUGCUUCGUUUCCCAUUUUCUUCUGAGUGUUUUGAGCUCUAUUCUUCUCCCUAACAGCUUGAAUUUUUCUGCCGGAGCUACUUGCGGCUGAGUUUUUCAGGUGUAUAUUUUCAGCUCAAUCCUUUGCCUCCUUCGAAUUGGAGCUGGGUGUGUAUAUGUUUCUGCAGCUGAAUGUUACUUCCCUUGCGGCCAAGAGCUCUUUUAUUGCAACUAGAAAUGCACUCCUUAUUUUCUUGGUUGGCUGAUGGAUCGAGCUGUCCCUUCCUGUUUUACCGCCCAUGUGCAGGAGCUUCUUGCUAACUUUCCUCCUCUUGUUUUUGUUGGCCGACUACUCCCAUCUUAUCUCCUUUGUUUAUUUUUUUUAUUCUUUUGUUUAUUUUGUUUUGUUUUCUUUGUUACGCAGCUUGGCUGCUUUUGUGAUUUUUUUCUUUCUUUUUGUUUAUUCUGAUUUUGAAAUGCAGCUACGCUGCUUGUUUUUUUUAUU